UGAAGAAGAAGAAGUAGUAACAGUUAAAAAAAAGUGAAGAAGACAUUUGUUUGGGCGGCUCACUUCAAGAAGAACAUUUGACUGAAAGAUUUCCAAACUCGACCAUUUUCUUUAAGAAGUCACAUAUUUAACUCGUCGCCGACGGUGCUCUGUGAGACCAACAAAGUCGAGCAUAUCACUUCAUAGGAGAACUUUGAUUCGUGCAGUUAACGUCGGUUGUCAGCUGACGCUAACAUGACCCGGCAGGCUGCUGCUCUACAGACUUACAACAAUGAACUCGUCGAUUGUAUUGAGGACCUGUGCUCCAAGCGGGAAGAGUUGAACCAACAAAUCAAGCUGGAAGAAGAAGAGAAGGAGCGACUGCAGCAUGACAUCCACGUCCUCGCCGAGAAGCUGAGCAGAGUCAACGAAAGCCUCGCUCAAAGACUGGCUACACGCGCCACCUUCGACCGCACCAUUGCAGAGACCGAAGCUGCCUACACCAAGAUCUUGGAGAGUUCUCAGUCUCUACUCAGCGUCUUAAAGCAUGAGGCACAAAACGUCAGUAAAGCCAUGGAGCCACGCAGGAAAGAGCACUGAUGCACAGGAAGUUUGUCUUGAAAAACUAUUCGAAUUAUGUUGUUUUUACACAAAUAAAAUCACCGAUUUCUGACAAAA